AUGGAGUCGGUGGAGAAAGAGUGUGGAGCGCUGGGUGGAUUAUUCCAGGCUAUCGUCAACGACAUGAAGGUAACACACAUUUUCACUCAAAGUGGGAAACAGUCCUGGGUGACCUUUGUGGAGCUCAGAGGCUGAUCAGACACAUAUUUUUACUGCCUUUGUCUCUUUCACCGGGUCCUCCCCCACUGGAAACACCGCUGCGGGACAAGCUGAGGAUGAAACAUGUUUCCCUUUGUGAUAUUUGCAUAAUGUGCAGCAGGUCUGUCAGGCACUGCUUUCAUCGAACCAUUACUUUGGAGUGCCAAUCUGUGCACCUUACAGGGACUGCUGCUGUGUUUAGACCUGGUUUCCCCCUCAGAGGCUCUUUAAUGUGUUUGAUUCAGGGUCAAACUCUGACCUCCUCAUAAGAACCGAAUCAAACACUCAUUUUAUCACUACUACACUGUUAUUUUUACGGAUUUCAUCUUUUAAUAGUUGAUCAUUUUCAUCUGUCAACAGUCUUCAAAGAACAAAAACAUGUAACUAACUCACUUUUUUUCUAGUUUAAUAUUAGAUGUUGUUAAUGAUUCAGAUAAAAACCAACUUAUUCAGGUCUUUUUUGUGAGCUUGAUUCACUUGUGUAAAUUUGCUGAACAAAAACACUGAGAUACCAAGUACGGAGACUGAACACUGACAGCAUGAGUGGAUUGUUUCAAAGUUGUCUGCUGGGUGUACUUUGUAAAUCAUUACACAAACACAACCAUGAGAGCCUUUAAUCUGACACUUCCUCUUCAUGCAAACAAAACAAUAUUCAUCACGGUCAAACUAUCAGGCAUGGUCAUCAGGAUAAUGACAGAUAAACACUAAGCUGCUGUGCCGUGCGCUUCUGUUUUGCCAGCACCUUUGCUGCUCGGUGAUGGUCUCCUGAAGCUUUUCUCCUAUUUUAUGAUUUCUUGUAUGUGUUGGUUGAUUUGCGAAUGCAGCCUCCACUUUCCAACAAAGUCUGCAGAUUAGCAAACACCUCCACGUGAGUUUGAAAGCUCCAAAUCUUGCAGUUAAAUCUUAACAAGGCUGGUGGUGUUUAUUCUCUCAUUUUAAAGCUCUUGUGAGGAGCGUUCUUUUUGUGUUGAUUUUGGUGCCCCCUGUGGACAAAAUGUGGUAUUUUUAGACAAAAAAAUCUUAUCCAGCCCUCUUUAGAUACUUAAAUACAUAAUUUACUUUGAGUAUUUGUUAUUUCUGUAGCAUGCUGUCACUGUCGAGAGUUGAACAGCAUACUUUUUUUCUAGGAAGCUGGGUAGUAAACAAAACCUCACCAGACUUACAAAGGAGCUGUCAAAGUGAUGAUUGUCUUUGUUUAGCAUUCACCCCGUUUGCCACUUGCUGAAGCAUUUGUUAGUUGUUUUGGAAUAUAAUAGUCAACUAGGAGACUAUUUGACCUCAAAUAACCCUUCCCUUGCCCAGGCUGCAAGGUAUUUUUGUCUGGAUUAAAUGGUAGACUGGGGAGGAUGCUCUUAUAGAGAAAAAAAGCAGUAGAAAGCAUUAAGAGGGCUUCGAUUUAGCUCCCUGAUGUUAAACCCACGUGGUAGAAUUCUCCUCUUCAGUUAAAUGUUGUUUAGUAACACCAGAAAUAAUAUUAAAUUUACUUGAAACACACAUUUUUCACUUUCCCGAUAAGGUAAAAAGAUUUCUGUGGCAGAAAGUGGAAGUCUCCCAUUAUCUGUAACACACAUGUAAGAGCGUGUGUGUGUUUGUGUGUCAAUGUUGGGGGAGGGGUCAAGUGAAGGAAGUUGGAGCAGGGUGGUCUGUUGUUGUUCACGACAACAGAUGGAAAGUGUGAACGUAUUCAUCAGCUCCCUGCAGCCUGAGCGUGGAGCUCGCUCAGUCAAGCGUCAGACUGGAGAUGAUUCAUGACUGAUCCACAGCUCACACACUCAGAUGUCAACUUCUUCUAUAUUUUUAUUUAUGCUGGUUUAUUUUCUACUUUUGUGCUGGGCUCAAACCUGGAUAAACAGAGAGAGAGAGAGAGAGGUAGUAUGUAUUGAUAAGCAGCACUGAUGAAUGAGUCCGAAGCCCUGAGUCAGCAUGGCGUCCAUGUCCACUGUCUGAGAUCUGACCUCAUUCCUGCCGCCUCGCUGGGCCACGCCGGCCUGUCAGAGCAGCUUUAGCCCCCCCGGGCUCGCCUUCCUGUGCUGAUCAUGCUGAUUGUGAACAAUGUUACAGCACAGUGUACAAUUACUGACAUGAUACACACACAGACCGCUUAUUCAGUCUAAAACAGCCUCUGGCUGUUAUUGGAUACAGAGUCUGUUAUAAUAUACACAGUAAUGCAGUCUAAUAAUGCUGCUGACAUUAAUAUAAGAAACCCCAAAGUCCACUGUGGUGAUGUUUCCACGGUUUUCUCCUGUCUACAUUUAUUUUAUAACAUAUCCUCUGAACUUCAGCUUGUUUUCGUUUGUUUUGCGUUCACACCAGAUGUAAAUGAAUCCAUUAACCCGCUUGAACGCCUUCAUGUUGUUUCUGUGUCCUUUAUUGAUUGACGUGAAUAACUUGCCCCAUUUGCGUGUCAUAUUUGGUGUCUGCAGAAGUGCCCAAACACAUAAAUUAGUACAAGAGAGGAGGGAUACCUUCACACCGUUUGAGUCUGUUUACGCUAAACAUGGUUGAGGUUGAACUUGAACCUCCACUCGUCUGUUGAUGACAAACAUAAUAGGUAGAUCUCUGUGCUGAUUGGUUCUCAUGGUAGGAAUGAGCUUAGAUUUUUCAGUUCUAAGGUACAUUGAAUGUUUCGCCAAUUUUUGCGAUUUGUGCUUAUAAGUCAUGCAAAUUGCGUCACCUCAUUCGUGACAUUAUCACAUCAGUUGAGGGCUGGGUAAUGUGGGCUAAAAAAUUUAUCAUGAUAAGUUUUGCAAUUCCGGCGAUAACGAUAAAAGUCCCGAUAAAAAAAAAAAAAAAAAGUAAUUUCGAUCCAUGUUUUUGACUCAUUUUGUCUUGAGAACACCAGUUGGCAUAGUCAAAUAAGAUACUUAACCACAAGUUUGAGUGGUAGGUUAUGGAGAAAACUAGUGACAUCAAACAAAUCUGAAAUGUGAAAACAUUUUCAACAUUUAUUGAAAACUCUGAUUGCACAGAGUGAACAGCAGCAGUAGAUCUACUGUCCGAUGUCAGGCAUACCUGAUUGCACUCGUCUAAGCCCCAAUUUUGAAGGAAAUCCCUCAUGUGGGUUCUGGUUUAGCAACAAACUGCUCAGAAACAUCUUCAUUAACUUCAGCCAUGUUUGUUUGUUAUUCUGCUCUGUGUGGGCUAUGGCUGUAAGUCUGUCGCAUGCACCUAUGUCAUCAUCUACGUUUAUCGCAUUUAUCGUGAGAUGGCAAAUAUUUAUCAUAGAGGACUUUUCUGACGAUAAAACGCGAAGGAUAAUUUAUCACCCGUCCUUGGAUCAGUUAAAGACCAACUUGCUUUCACAAAGUUGAUAUUGGCACGGGCUGUUGAGAUACUGAUAUCAGCUGACCGCUAGUCUAAGGGUACAGAUUUUGCAGAACUGAUGGGAACAGGAUGGGGUUUCGGUGGUCUUCAGUGGGACCCUUCACAGUUACCUAAUGAGAGUGUAUCAUUUCUCAUGACUUUGACUACCUUUUUGCUGUUGGACAGACUGUAAACAGACAGAAAAAAGUACAUCUUACUGGCUUUUACCACUAACAGCUGACUACACCAGGAUCUUUGCUCCCAGCAGGUAUCAUGUAUGCGGAUAUGCCGGUAGAUUAGAUGAAACUGCAACUCUGACAACUAGAUUAAGUGCUCAUUCAGACUCUUCAGCUGUUGAUAUAAUUUACAUAACAUUUUUAGAAACACUCUGAUGCUGUCUUAGUGGAAGCUUUGACGAACAUCCCACUCUCUGCUUGCACCACUUUGUUGUUGUCUGUUGUUGUCAUUGAUAGUUCACCUCAAAAAAGUUGUUUCUGAGGGCCUGAUGGGUCAUGGAGAUGCUUCCAAACUUUUUUUUUUCAAUUUUCUGCUGGGUCCCACUGUAGUAGAUGAGAAUAUUCCGCCAUCCAGCCCCCUCACUUUCCACAUUAACAUACAUACAGAAGUAUGCACAUCAUCAGAGGAGGGAUGCACAGUAUUAUCAGCUGCAUGUUAAUGUUGAUAGAUAAUGGCUCUAACAUAAAGUACACAAUCUAUAAAACAGUGUUAUCAGUGUUAAAAUGACCCUGAUGGUGUGUGAUCAACAUUUCUGCAGCAUUUUGCAGACAGUCUGCCAUAGUUAAGCUUCUGUAGUGUCGCCUCCGUAACUCUUAAUAAGCUACAGGUGUCACUUUGUUCUCAAUCUGUGAAAGAUGCUCCAAACUUCAUUCACUAACCCUUUUGUGAGUGACAACAUAAAAGUUGUCGUAGCUUUAUAUAGUGCUGGGCGAUAUGGAAAAAAAUGUAUAUCACGAUAACGAUAUAUAUCACGAUAUAGCUAUGGUAUGCUUUCAGUUCUAUGAAAAAUUUAAGUGUAUACAGCUGCACUAUUACAGUACCAGUACAAGACCAGCACUUAAAACUAGAAAAAUGAAUAAACAAAUACGUGGCUGAAGUGCGUUCAUGUCUGUGCUCACCCAAAGUUAUGUAACACUUACAGAAAACGCUGAUAGUGUGAGCCGAAGCACUCCAUAAUAAUAAUAAUAAUAAUAAUAAAUUUAAUUUGUAAUGCACUUUACAUUUACAAAAAAAUCUCAAAGUGCUACAGUACACAGUAAAAAAAGAGCAGCAACAAUAAAAAAAAGCAAUAGAAUGACAGUCACAGAUUAGCAUAAAAAAGAAUUUAAAAAAAAUAAAAUAUAUAGAGUUGCAAUGUAAGAGGCAAGGUAGUAAAAGCAUAAAGCAUAGAGGAAAACUAACCAAAGGCUUUAUUAAAAAGGUAGGUCUUUAGGGCUCUUUUGAAGAGGUUGUUCACACUGCUAGAUGUUUCUCCUCCAAAGCUGCUCUCUGCCUCCAUCAUUGUUUACUUUACUCUUGAAGCACGUAGCAAGACCCGAGCAUGAAUCCGAGCGCUUUAUUCGCCUAUCAGGGGCAGACAGGUAAGGUGAUUUGAUUCGCCACGACUCCAGAAAUGAUUGAAAAACUACAGAAUGUCACAAAAUUACGUUUCCUCGCUGCUGGCUUGAAGGGUACAAAUGCGCAGCCGCGCUCCCAGCUGACAGGAAGUCAGACCGCUGUUGUAGUUCUUUUGUGUUGCUAGCGCGGUCAAGAGUGUUUACUCUCACUGAGAGAUGACUACAAAAAUGGACGCACCUGUUCAUCUGGUUGUUAAACACGGCUGAAAAAGAUCAUCUUUUCAUGUUGUUCCCGCUCCUGCCCACUCCCGUUGCUUUUUUUCCCGUCCCGUCCCGAUCAAGAGAUUAAUAAAAAAAAUGACUCCCAUCCCGCGGGAAUCACGUGACCCACGGGAAUUCCCGAAAAAAGUCAUCCUCCACAGGGAAGGUCCCAGAGCAGAUGAAACAGGUGCCGGAGCGGCUGAAAUAGGUCCCAGAUCCGAUCAAAAGAGGUCCCGGAUCGCGCUCCGACUUGCUCCGGCACAAAUUAAGCACUGCUUACAAUGAUCCCCUCACGUGUGUAACCCAGGUAACCCGCAACGGCGGGAGGCGCUGGACAUAAAGAGGGCACGUAAAGCGGCGUCAUGUCGCAAAAUCGAAAGAGAAAUGCAAGCCUACAUGUCAACGCAUCCUUUUCUUUGUAAGAAAAUAUUGUUUUCUUUCCCGUUCGACACCAAAUACACUUACUGAAUGUGCAAUUAUUGUUGUUGUUACUAUGAAUCAUCUGAUGGCACAAGCUCUAUGGAUUAAAUACAACCUAUCGCCCGAAACGAUAAGAAUAAAAAUGGCACGAUAGACAUUUUCUAUCGUGCCAACGAUAUAUAUCGUCCAAUCGCCCAGCACUAGCUUUAUAAUGAAAUUAGGAUGACAUCUCCAAGUGUAGUUAGCAGUAAAACUAGUCCAACCCUAUUUGUGACGAUUAGUAUUGCUUUCAGCCAGCAGCAUGUUCACUCAGCAAUUCUCUUAGACAGCUGACCAUGUUUAAAGUGCUGUGAAAAACUGUUCAUAAUACUUAUUUACACCUUUGAUAUGUAUCAACAAAAAGAAGACUUAGUAAAAAAAAACAUAAAUCUUUUCACUGAUUUUUCUUCAGAUCAAAUUUUUACAAGAAUCAUGUCCUAUAAAAUAAUCUUUUCAGAAAAAUAAAGUAGAAAAUUGAAGCCAUAAUGUUUAAUCACAAGAUGAAAGUUAUAUUUUAACAGAAUAAGUUCUCAGUUAAAUCUAUUUCAGGGUAUUUUAAAGUCACAUUACACAGGAAUGAAGUCCUUACAUUUAGUAAAGAGAGUAAAAGUUAUUUAUUAUGAUUAUAAUGUCAUCAAUUUCCUCAGGAGUAAGCUACAUAACUGAUAACAGUUUUUCUUACAACAAUAUUCUCGUAACAUCAUGAUUUUUUCCUUCAAAAUCUUUUAAUCAGGCCCUGACACUCCUGUGUAUAUUGUAAAGUCUGUUUUGUGAAAUGUGUUUUGCUAGUUUUUUAUUUGCAUUUAUCUAUAUAUCCUGCAAACAGCUGAACAAAAUGAUGUUACAUAAAGGUGCUAAGUGAUGCAAACACGUGUAAUGGAUAAAAGUCUCAAAAAUAAGUAGUGCAAAUGAAAAAACAGACUAAAAAUGAAUGCAGCGUCUGGUGCAGGCAGCCAAUCAUGUUAUUUUUGCAUCUUUAAUCUUCAGGGUCAUCGUAUCCUUCACUUUGGUGCCUUUCACUCCCAUUGAACUGCAGAUUGAACUGAGAAUGCGUCAUUAUACAUUUGUGUUAUUAAAAGGAACCAAAGUGUCCCUCCUUGUUUAACCCUAGUUUAAAGUGUGGGAAAACAGCCACCCUUCCUAACGUCCUUGAACACCACACUCUGUCUGCUCGCUCAAGGCUGAUAGUCUAGACCUCACCCUCCUAUGAGUGACAAAACACAGCCGAAUGAUCUUCCUUUCCUUCCUGGCUCCCUCUGUUUGUCUCCUCCUUCCUUCCUCAAAGCGUCUGGGUGUGUCCCUGCUUGUCGCUGUGUUUGCCCGCUCCAUCACCCUCCUCCCUCAGCUGUCUUGGCAGCUACUCCUCCAGCCUCUGGGAGUCACACGCCACACAAUCUAAUUAGACACCUGUUGGAGUCAAGUGCAGACAGCGAGGAAGGGAGGAACAUUUUUGUAAGGACUGAUGGCUCCUAAAUCACUUUUAGAGCUGCAGGCUCCAUCUGAGAGGGGCCAGGAGUUAAACGCUGUCAGUGCUGCAUUUGGAGGUUACUGUAGAAAUGAUGAAGACUUUAUAUUUAGUCGGGGUGUGUAUCCUCCUCCCUCUUCUCUCUGCAGGGCCCAGACUUCAGCUCUAAUGGGAUCUAGCCUUGGAUGUGUUUUAUGUUUGGCUUCUGCUCUCGUAGCUCAAGGCAGCGUGUGAUGAUCCCAAGCUAAAUCUAAUCCAGAUCGUUCAAACACCGGACACGCUACCUGCUCCCCCCCUCUUACACACAAACACACACAUCCAUAUGAUCGGAGAGCUUAUAGAGAUCAUACAUGUGCAGCAAACAUGUAGACACACAUACCAGCUCAGGGCAGAGACAGAGAGGAGGGCGCUUAGGCUGAUUAAGGACAAUAAUAACACCAGGGAGCUGUGAAAAAAAUCCUGCUGACCUUUACAGAAACAAGUCAGAGCAGAGAGUUUAUACACCAACCUGUUUGUAACCUGGGGGGAGAAGCCAAGCUGUCUCAUCAGUGUGUAUUAACAGAAGAUAAAGCCCUUCAAGACUUCAUAAAACCAGCAUUAAAACUUUAGAAACCAGGACCUGAUUGAGUCUUGUUGCAGAGAACAUUAUGUCCUCUGAAAACUGUGUGUGCAUAAUAAAUAUCCUCUCCAUGAUCUUCAUUUGACUGAUUUGUUUUUCUCUCUCUCUCUCCAGAGUUCGUACCCUGUGUGGGAAGACUUCAGCACCAAGGCCACAAAGCUGCACUCUCAGCUCAGGUGAGUUUUGUCCCAGCCUACAGAGAAGGUGACAAUGACAAGUAAAUUUACAGACUCUGCAGGGGAAUCUAAAAAAAAAGAAAUAUUGUGAAAAGUAUUGUUUAAAUAUCUGAAUUUUUCAUUAGAGUAAAUUAUUAUGCAAAUAGUCCAGAAGACGAUCAUGAAGGAUUAGCCACAGAUGGUCAUAGUUAAAAAGUCUGGCUGUUCACAGAGUCUGUAUGAAGCAGAUAGAUGGAAAGUUGACUGGAAGGAGACCAAGAAACAGGGAUAAGAGCAAACCUGAGAGGAUCAUCAAACAGAGCAGAUUCAAGAACUUAGGGGAGCUUCACAAGGACUGGACUGAAGCUGGAGUCAGAGCAUCAAGAGCCACAACACACAGAUCUGUCCAAAAAUGGAUUACAUGUGUUCUUGCUGCCAAGACCCUCCUAAACCAGAGACAACAUCAUCAGGGUCUCACCUAAGCUAAUAAGAAAAAUAACUGGACUAUUGCUAAGUGGACCAAAGUCCUGUUUUUCAGAUGAAAGUCUAUUUCUCCUAAACAUCUACCAAAUGGGUCACUGACCAUGAUGUUAUGAAGCUAGAUCAGACUGAAUUGCUAGAUCAGACUGAAUUGAACUCCAUAUAGACUCAAAUAGAUGAUAAAGACCACCAUCAAAGCAGCCUGAGCUUCAAUAAGACGUCAGUAGAGCAACUGGCUGAUGGCCUUCACGCCACGCCAGGCCACGCAAUGCCACGCCACGCAAUGCCACGCCACGUUGAUUUAUGCUAGAGAUUAGAUUUGAAUGAGCUGCGAACAGAAUCAAAGACAUUAAAAUAAGUGUUUCGAAUAUUUCACUGAAUAUGCAAUAUUUAUGUGUGAUAUAUGAACGUGUUUGAACAAAAUGAAGAGAAACUUUUUCACCAUACUUGUUUAUUUUUUAAGAUGCAUCUGUAUGUACAGUCACAGUGAGGAUAUGUCUGUGAUUUUGCAGGACCACCAUUCUGGCGGCUGUGGCCUUCUUAGAUGCCUUUCAGAAGGUGGCAGAUAUGGCGACCAACUCAAGAGGUGAGAUAGAGUUUAUUUUUUACCUUGAAUUGAAGCUCUUUUUCGCUGGUGAGGAAUUUAAAAAAAUAAGGGUGUUAGAGAACAAACAGCUAUGGUAGCUUCUGAUGAUUUUUUUUCCAUUGAAAGCUUUACAGCAACGGGAGAUUUCUUGUCUUUUUUAAGUUUUUUAAGUUCCUCACAGGAGCUUCAAAACUUCAGUAUUUCACUUUUAGUAGAAUUUUACUGACCAAAUUUCUUGCAAUCAGAAGCAAAUUCUGCUGAAAGACUUAAUAUCUCUGAGAGUAGAACCUUGGAUUUUAGAAAUGUAUUUUCUGCACAGCAUGACUUCAAUAAUACCUUUUUUAAGAAGGCCAAAAAGAGGGCAGCUUUGGGAGGAAGGCGGCUCAGAGAAGUGAAAAUCUGAUCUUAUUGUUUCCCGACUCCUAAUGAGGUCUGCUGAUCUGCUUUGUCACCCUGUGAGUGGCAGCAGACAGACCGGCCAGCGAGGCAGCUGAUUAACACAGAUUUCUCUGGAGUCAAUCGUCGAGAGCAGAAUGUGGGUCAAAAAACCUCUGAGCGGCGUGCAAAAGCUCCUGAGACGCAUGCACGCACGCACGCACGCACACACACACACACACACACACACACACACACACACACACACACACACACACACACACACACACACACACACACACACACACAGAUUUUCAGAGUGACAGCUGGUAGUCGGUCACCUGACCCUGCAGGUCACACGCCGACAUGCUUUUAAACAGUUGAACCCGUACAGACCUUUACUGACCACUUACUGCCGGAGAAAACAUCUAAAGAGGCGUUUGUCCAGCAGCGUUCACACAUUCACCUGCUCUUCUCUGAUAGGCUGCUCUGUAACCUGGAGCUUAUCACCAUGGCGAUACUUAAACUUGCCUUGAAUGAUUCCUGAUGUGGGUGCACAUGAGUUCUUGAUAAGAUGAGCCAGGGUAGACCAGGGUCAGCUUGCUCUCUGCAGUAAAACAGAGGCCGGACUUCAAAGAAAGCAUGAGCAGUAAAAAGAGGAGAAUGAAUGAUGGAGUAAAGAGAUGAGAGAGAUGAGGCCUGAGUAUUGAGUUUUACAGCCAGAAACGUAUAAAAUCCCUCUAAGUGUGUCACUCAUACGCCCACUCGCUCUGAAGAGCGCUCUGCAGCCACAUUAACUUCAGGAUUAAUGUCAUCCUGCUCAGGACACAGGCUGACAGAGAGACGCUGGGACGGUAUGUGCUGAUGAGAGUCUGAAACAACUGCAGAGAAACUAAUGAGACUUUAGAGUGAAGCUGAUGAACUCACUGAUGAAACUUUAGACUCUUCAUGGCUUCAGUGUCUCCAACAUAAAGGUUUUUUAUAUUUCACUUUACUGAAUUCGUCUUUUUUUCCCUGCUGACCCACAGCCAAUCAAUCAAUCAAAUUUUAUUUAUAUAGAGCCAAUUCACAACAGUUAUUAUCCCAAGAAGCUUUCCAAAGAAAAAGACCGCGCUCAUUGUUUGAUGAAUUAUCAAGACCCAACCUUAAGAUGGGACAGAGUUGACGCGAGAAACUUCCUAUUAAGAGGCAGAAACCUUGGGAAGGACCAGACUCAUGUUAGAGAGACACCAAGCCGCUGUGGCUUGUAACUUUUUUCCAGUGGGAGUUCACCAUAGGCAACAAUAAAGACAAAUGCAGGUUGCUCCUUUCAUCAUAUAACUGUCAUGGAUGCAGUUUCAAAAUAAAAGCAUUGUAUGAAAACAACAAAAGUGUAUCUUUCAUGCUUGUGACAUAAAUAUAGCUGAUAACGAGUGAAGACAGUCUUCCUCCGUUUAUCAUUUUUCUCUGUGUUUUGUGUUGAGCUUGCAGAAAAAUCAAGCGAGGUGUUCUACUCAUGCUGGCAGUCUAAAUCUGUCGACAUGCACGCCAAAAAUCAAGUCUUUCUGAAGCCAAAACGCUUCCUGCAUGAAGUGCCAGUGUAGUGUACAGUCUGCCGUGUAAAUGUAAGAAAGAUCAGACUUGAACAAACCCAACUGCACCAAUAGAGUCAGUGAAGUUUCAUGUGAACCAGCUGAGCUCUAUUUCAGUCCCUGCUCUCUUGUGGGAGUCUCUGCACGCUCUGAACCUCAGCAAUUAAUUAGAGGAGAGGAAUGUCGAUAUUUACCGAGCAGGCUCAUGGAGGACGGGGAUAACCUUUGACCUUCUGGCUGCAGGAAGCAUUGACAUAGCUUAAGCAAAUUUGCCCUUGUAGCAGCUGCAACGUUUAACAUCAUGACGCCAAAUAAACCAGAUUUCCACUCUUUGCACUUGAAUUUUAACUCGUCUAACCCAAGACUGAUCAGCUGACAGUAGUAAAAAUAAACAAAUAAAAACGUGAUCGCUUUCUUACUCUCUUUCUGAUCAAAGAUUCAGAAGCCUCAGUUAUCAGAGUCUGCACCUCCACAUAGAGAAGAUAUCGCCGCAGGGGUCAGACCCUCAGUUUGAACUCUUGGCCGUCCCUGUUGCCCUGGUUCCCUUCUGGUGUGCGGGGACGAGCUGCAGCUGCCGGCACAGCUGGAGGUUCAUUCUUCUUCUGCUUCUUAAAUCUACCUUUGACACACUCAGCCGUCUCAUCUUUAACCCUCAUCCUCCGCAGACUUAGCUCGUUUCACAGCCAAGGAAAGCAACAUUUCUCCUCGUUGUCCUGUUUAGUUUUAUCGUACUUCUAGCAGCCGUAUUUAUGUCAGCCUCCUCUCAGUCCCUGCAUGCUGCUGUGUCAAACUGCUGCGCUCUUCAUGUUCGGGCUUCCUCUCGCCUUGUCGUCCUUUUUUAGACUUUAUGGUCACGGUCGUGGCGUCAGCGUCUGUGUUUUAUGAAGCAGCUGGAAGAGUCGGCUGCCAGGCGUUUUGGCAGCAUGUCUGACAGCGCUGUUUCUCUGAGCUCUGUUAAUAGAUCUGUGUCCAAAGGCUUGCUGCCUGUGAGCUGGGAGCAUGCAUCUGGGUUUAAUAAAGUCCUGCCAACCACAAAGUCUAUACAGGACGGCCGUAUGUGGAGAAUUCUGAGCCUUUAAAAGAUAAAUGUUAAACUUUUCAACACCCAUCUUUCCUGAGGCCCUCGGCUCUCUGUGGUUAAUAGUUUUGUGUUUCUCCUGGGCCAUUUUUCCUUCAGACUACAUUGUUUUGUGUGGAUUUAAGAGGACUGGACUUCUGUGGGCGCUGUGUUUGGUGUUUAGUUGUUGCUAGGCUGGAUGACAUGUGUUUCAGCAGACUUCAUUUUCUCCUUUUUUGGACAUGCUGGGAUUAGAUGGAGGUUAAAGAGUAGGAGAGAGUUCAGGGCUAAUGGUCCAUCAGGGUAUGAGAUGCAGGCUCUGUAUUUUGGGAGGGUGAGGUGAGUGUGGUGGGUGGUGGUGGGUUGGUUCGCCCGGGUGGGGGAUGUGGUUGCAGUGGGAUUUCCACAGCUCUGGGUAUCCAGGCUAGGCAGAGGCGUUUAGCUAAUCCUCUUAGCCCCACUCUGUAACACACAGACACAGACCGCUUCAACUCUCCUCCUCAUCGGCCUCCCCAGAUGGAAAAAGUCACACUUGAGGAGAUGCAGUGAAGUUUGUUUUCAGCCUCUCUGUCUUUCAGUGUGAGCUGGAGGCUGCAGAUACCACACAUCAUGCACGUGCAGACAAAUUUUGGUCAGUGCACACUCUCUCUCUCUCUCUCUCUUUCUCUGUCUCUCUCUCUCUCCAUCCAUCGCUCUUUCUCUGGGUCUGUGCAGGAAUGGAGUCGUGUUAGUAGAUCAGUGUCUCAGUGAGGCAGUAAUCUGCUUGGCCCCUGCGCUUCUCGGGGUUGGCAGAUGGGACGGAUAUCCCUACCCGCCAUCUGGACAUUGGCAUGGAAGAGAUGCAGCUCAGGCCUAGUGCAGGGCGAGAUCAGGGGAUUACUGUCCUCCGCUGCUAUCCCGGCAGCGCCGCUAUUUUUACAGACAUGUCAAAUAACGAGAGUGUGCCCAUGUGACCAGAGAUGACAUCCAUCAAGCCUGGCAUUUCAUGUCCGUGCGUGAUAUGAAUCGUACUUAGUGAGCAAGGACAGGCAGGCUUGAAUUAGAAACAGGAGCUUAUAGGGUUUGGAGUUUUUAGAUUGAAUGUAGAAAAAUUGAACAAAACAGAGCCCACUGUGACUUUAUUUCUUUAUGUUUCAUCGACUCUUUAUUUACACACAAAUAUUAGCCAAUUUUUAGGGCUGGAUGCAGAUCUCUUUUUCUGAAGAAGGUGCACAGUUAAAAUGUUUGAAAUAAUGGGAUUUGCUUUAAGAUAAAUAAGUAGUUCACUUUAACAUGCAAUUUAUACAAAUUGUGUUUAAGUUCAACAAUAUCUGCAUCCUCCUGAGCUCCUUUCGUUUUACAUUAGCAAAUUAGUAAUUGAUUUGAGAUGAGCUAUGCCCCAGAGCACACUAAACAUACAAUAAGCUGUAGACCGGGGUCCUCCAGAGAUCAUAAAAAAAAAAACUCCUGCAUAUGAGAAAAUUCUUUUCACCAAUUUCUGCCUUUUAUUGUCUCAUUGUCUGAAGUUUAUUUAGAAUUUUUACCACUUUACCACCUGGCACCAUUUCACAACAAGAAGAAAUUGAUUCAUCUUAAAUUAUUGAUGCCGGUCUUGCAAGCUCAUUACCUUUGAAACAAAAGCAUAAAAAAAAAAUCUCUCCUGCUACAGUUGGUGCCUGAGAGCCCAGUUAACGUGUUUUUACUUUUGCUUUAAAAACAGGCUUUUUUAGAUGAGUGUGUAUGUGGUUUCGGAUACUUCUGCAGACAGCCUCUAGUGGACACUCUGGGAACUGCAGUUUUUCGCACUUCUGCUUGAGUUUCAUCUCUUGAGACCGGAGUUUGCUGCUUGGAAGAAUCUGUUCCAAGACACAUGAGUUGUCAGUCCCUGUUCCCAACACAUGCUGGGUCUAACUUUCACUGGGUCAAAGGAGGAAAGGAUGUAACACACCGCUCAGCCUGAGGGGUGGAUAAUGUUUUCCAGUGCACAGCGUUAGUUUAGCUCAGUGGCAGAUUCCUCUCUUGUUUCUCUAGUUCACUCUGGUUAUUCACAUGAGUGCUCCUAAAUACGUUUUACAAUCCGUGCACAUCUAUUCUCAGAAAUAAAGUGAGUGAAACAUUCAUGCUGUCGGGCUCUGAUUCUUCCCUUAAGCGGUCUGUUCCCAGGAAACAGUCCCAGUACAGUUCUCCUUUUCUCACCCCGGAGAUUAAACCCCAGAACUUGAUGCGGUCGCCUGCAGUAACCAAGUUUGAGGAGGCUGGGACGAUGAUGUGAGGAACAGACACAAAACAAGGAGAAUAACACUGUGAGGGAAAACAAAUCUCUCUGCUCUGCAUAACUUUCAUUUAGAGGCUGAAUACCAAACUAAGAAGGCAAACAUGAGACUUUUGGGGGGGAACACUGUGUUCAGCUGUAUCCUGAACAUGAACCCUGAGAGCAAAGAAGCUGGAGAGGGGAGGGAAAACACAAGAGAGGGGGAGCAUGACAGAGGAAUGUGAGGGAGGACUUAAAAGAGGGAAUGAAAGGGAUUCAAGCUCAGUUUUAAUCAGCUGAGGUGGCUGAUUGAAGAUAACCGGGGGAAUUUACUGGGAAUAAAGAGUCGCCGGUCAGCUGACAGACGGUUUGUUGGUGCACCACUUUGGUCCAGACUUUUGUACUCCCAAGAGGAUGUAUCUCUAGGAUUUCUGACCCCUCAUGUACAGCCACUGCAUGGCUCUUUGUAAGAUUUUUUGAUGACAGUUGAAUGAAUUGCAACAGAAUUUGAUAGGGGCAUCAAUGAUUCUCUAAAGAUGCAUACCAUAUUUGAAAAGCCUCUAAAAUUCAUCGUUUCUAAUUCUUAUGUGAAAAUAACAACAGUGUGCUGCAAAGUAAGCCGCCAGUGUAUAAGUUUGGGGGUGAAUCUGUACUUGCAAGUAGACUCCAAUGAUUUGUUGCAAACUCAACUUUUUUAUGCAACGAGUUAGGCUAGUACUCCAAACUUGGUUUAUCGAAGCAGACCAAUUCCACAUUUUUAAAAACCCAUAAUUUGAAAACUAUGACUGAGUAUCUCAGUUCUAGUCUCGUAGGUACUAUCAUGUUACAUUGUAUCUCAAGUUGGCAGCAACUUCAGAUCUUGACAAAUGAGGCCAUUGUGAAAGAGAUAAAAACUGCAGUUCCCCAAGUGUCCACUAGAGGCUGGCUGCAAACGCAGUGGAAACGACAUACACACUCAUUCAAAAAAGCUCAUCUCGACAGCAGAAUUUAACAUGUCAACAGUCUUCUAGAGAAGAGGUUUAGGCUCGAUAUCUAGGCUCUGUCUCUGCGCACACUGUGGAGAGGGGGAUUUUUCGUAACUCUGUAGUUUUGAGGAUAUCAAGGUGACCAGUUUGAUAGUAAUAAGGGCAAUAAUUAAGGACUUAAUUGACAGGAGGAUGCAGCUAUGCAAGACUAAAAGCACUCCUCAACUCCACCGCUUUAAUUCUUGCUCGGUCAGCAUGAAAUUAAGGUUGAGUCAGCAUUUCCUCUGUGUAGACCACUGGCCCUGAAAAUGAGACAGCCCUAUAGCUAAUACUGCGAUCUAAAGUUUUUUUUUUUCCUUUCAACUAAGCCCCGCCCACCCAAAAAACUAUCAUACUCUUAACUGACACCAAAAGGGUCUAUAGAGGCUUCACUUGACUAAACCUUGGUCCAGAGUCACUCAUUGGUUUCUUAAGAGUUGUUUUGAAGUCCAAAGGUGGUGGUCCCGAUAAUAGAAAUACUGACUUGUUGUGACUUUGAGCUGAUCUAGGAUCAGGCAAACAGUGGACUUGAGGUCAUAGAAAAUAAAGAAAACAGACACAGAGACCAGAAGCAUUUUCAGCUCGGUUGUAAUCGAGUUUAUUCCUGCUCUUUGGGGACUGACUAACCUUUCAGACAGCCUCAAAUGGACACAUGAGGAACUGCAGUUUUCUGGCUCUUAGUCUCUGGCUUCAUUUUGAAAAACAGAGGGGCUUUCUGUUUGGGCUCAGACUGUGUGAGUCUGGUGGUGUGAGGAGAAACCAGCGGAGAACAGGAUGUAACACUGACAGACCUCCCCUCAGGGCCUCUCAGCGCUCAGAGGUAACAGGUGGGAGGUGGAGUGAAUGAAAUGCUCCCGAGCAGCAACCGAGAUGAUGUCAGCAUGGUUAGGAAUUGUUUGCAAAUGAGCAUAAAUGCAGCCACGUUGGCAGGACAGAGAGGUGGGCAGGGUGAUGGAGGCUGAGAUAAAGACAUCCUGACUGCAGAGGGUGUAAUGCUGCACAACUUAAGUCAUCUGGGUUUGCUCCAUUAAACAUGAGUCACUCUCAGACUGCUGUCUCAUUGUUCCUAAAUGAGGGUCUGAUACAUGUGUGAGUCUUGUAGAGAUGUAUUUUCUCUUUCUUUUCGCCGUGAAAAGAACAGUGAAGAACUUUUCUCCCUCUCUUAGGGAACUUUUUCAUGUUUGAUCUUUUUCGGCACAUCUGGACAUUUAUUUUUAGCAGCUUUAAUGUCUUUGAACAGGAAGCUCCAGCAACAGAAAACACCGCCUCCUCUUGUUCUCCUCCUCAGUCUUCUUGUCUCUAAUGUUCUCCAGAUCAUGUUUACACCACAUGAGGACACACUAUGGCCUGGCCCCCGUCUGUGUGUGUGUGUGUGUGUGUGUGUGUGUGUGUGUGUGUGUGUGUUUCUGGCUCUGAGGUCUAACUUGCUGUGCACGGUCCAGACAACAAUGGGCCGAGUGUGUGUUUGACUCUGUGUGAGUAAAACAAUUGAUCCUGAGGCUGUUUCCUCUGUCUUUUAUUAGAAAGUGAGUCAGAGGCAGACACACAGCACUUACAACACAGUCAUUCCUUACAAAAAAACCCAACUUUUUUUGUGAGGGCUAAGGGUUUUUAAAGAUUAUUUCAAGUUCCACAAAUGUGAGGGUUUAUGCUUUUCUGCGUUGUUCUCAGUUUUGGAUUGAAGUCGAACAAAAAGUAAGACUUUGUAGAUACGCUUAAGGGCUCUACAAAUUAAGAAUUCACAGUCUGUUGACUUUUAGAAAACAUCUUACAGAUUAGGGAAUGAUUUAGGAAACAAUAUUUCCAAGAAUAUUUUGAGUUUAGUCAUUUUUACUUGCAGAAUCUGUAGGCUUAGACUUUUUCCAAGUUCUGCAAGUAAAGAAAAUUGCAUAUGCCUAUUGUUUACUGUGACAGCUUUGGGAUCUCUGACAUGCACACCUCCCCUUGAUUUAUGUGCACAAUUUAAAAAUGAAGGCAGGGAGAGCAGCAGCAAAAACAAAGUUGAUGCAUAUCUGCAUCACCAAAAGAAGGUUGUUGCGACACUGUGAGACAUUUUGACCAAAACACAAUGACAUUACAAAGAGAAUUGACUAAUUGACCUGUGAACUCUUAGAUUAAUUAAACUCACAGUGUUGUGGAUACCAUAACUAGGGCCUUUAUAUGGUGUUUUUGCAGUUUAGCAGGUGCCUUUCAACUAGAGGUCAGACAUCUAAUCAUGUCUUAAAAUUUGCUUUAUUAUACAGAAAAAUUUCAAAGAGGUGCUGCUGGCCUGGUAGUUUAACCACCCUAUAUUUCAAGGUCACUGUCAUGUCUCACUCGUCAUUAAAACAUUCCCCAAUAUAUACAUUAGUCCAUUAAUCGCACGAUAUGAAAUUUCUCAACAAACUUAGAUCAUGCAGUUGGGGAUCGAUUUUUCAAACUGAGCACGCCCUGCAACUCACAUGUCAAGCUUUGACCUGGAAGUUGAAUGUAAACAAAACCUCAGCAGAUGAGCAAGAAACGUAAAAGAGGAUGGAGCUUUUGUAUCGUAUGUCUUCAUUGUUUGACACACAACCUGUUAGCCUCUCGCUAACAUGUUUUGGUAUGUGACUGAAAAUUUCAACAAGGAGCCAAGAGUAUCAAGCAGAAAUGGAGUCAUAAGCACUCACCAGAGGUGGACAUAUACCUUUGCCAAAUGGAGCUAUAACCGUAGCUUGACUUCAAAGUACAUGUUAAUGAACUGACCAAAACCGCCUCAGUUUGGAGUCUCAUUGCAGAAAAACAACACAAACCACACUGGCCUAGUUUUUACCAACAAAGUGACAUCAAUUUGAAACCUCUCAGACACAGUCAGCUUACAUCAGACUCUGUUUACAAUAUCAAACAUACUUUCACCUCAAUCUGUCUUUCUCAAUAGGUGUCUUACUGAUAGUGAAAUAGACUGCAGCUUUAUGAUUCAAUCAGGACCACAGAGGCUUUCAUCAGACUCCUGUAAUUUUCAGCCUGAUUUUAACAUCGGAGAGCAUCAGCAGGGCGGCACACCGUGUCUGUCUCUGAUCCACAAUCUAAAGCACUCCACUAAGAUCUUAAACUUUCAUACUGCAAGUCUGCGAACUGGAACUCAUCUUCCAUAACCAAUGUCUACAAACAGCAGAUUUACCCUCCCCUCUUCCAUCAUCAGAGGAGAUUUUUCCCUGACAGCAGACACAAAGGAUGCUGCUUUAUUUUUUAAUGCUGACUGCUCCCUCUGAGACACAGCAGCAGAACUCCAGCUGUGCUUUGAAGUGAAUGUUUGAUGGUCUGAAUAUGUGAUGUUUCGUCAGGGUUUGGAUUCAGAAAUCUCUGAUGUGUAUUUGCUCGACUGGUUAUUAAACGAGACCAGUCAAGCUGUUAAAAUCAAAGCAGGUUGUCCUCUUUUUUUUCUUUUUAUGUACUGAAGAAUAUUUGCAUGUUGUUUUCUUUGCUAAACAAGACAAACAAAAACUGCAUGAAUUUUAAAUAUCAGAAAACUUUACUUUGCAAAGUGCCUCCACUCUUUGUCAGUGCUGUUUAUCAUGGGAGGUUUGGAGCCUGUUGCACCUGCAGACACUUCCUCUGCCCUCCGACUGAUGGACCAAGCAGUGUGUGUGUCCUCUUUCAUCCUUCCCUCUCUCCUCCCUUCUUCCUUCUGCCUCUUUUCAUCCAUCACUUGCUGUCGCUGUGUCCCCGCCAGUUCACACUCUGCACAACUUUAAGGUCGGAGGAGGGUAAAGGCGAGAGUCUGCACUGCCUGUGCCAGCAGCAGUCAGCUCAGCUGCCAAGGUGCCAACAUGACGAAUCGCUGUUGUCUCACAGCUGAUGAAAUCUCCAUCACUGAGAAAAAAAGGGACUUUAUAUUCCUGGAAGUGUUACUGUGAGGAUGUUCUGUACCUCCUGGCUCUGCGGCCCACAUAAACAUGCUUUAUUGACGCAGGAAGCAGAGAGGGAGGGGGAGCAACUGGUUACACAGCACGGAGUCCUGUCGGAGCAGAAUCCCAGUCCAGCUCGGUAAUCUUGGGUGCUAAUGAAACCUGAGUCGAGCAGCAGGGUACAGAUGCUGAGAGAGGGGGAUAGUUAGGCUAAGCUCCCAUGCUGAAGACAUCAGGGAACGGGGCUCGGGGAUGUUUAGCUCCCGGCCCUCGGCUUCUGGCAGGAGAGCCCCCAUAAAGCAGGCUAUUAAACCACUGCUCCUUCCCCGAGGAGGUAGGGGAAGUUAAUCAGAACCAGAGCUCUGGAUGGAACCGCUCUCUAAAUACUUAGACCACAGCCACAUGAUCCUGGAUACUGGAGCUUAAGGUUCCCAGUUUAACCUAACCCACGGGGCUUGACCUUCCCACCAAGAAUCCCGUGUAGCUCUCAGCACAAACAGCAGAUCUGGUGGCUGGUUUCUGUUAGUGUUCAGCAUUGAUGUAUUAAACCAGGCGCCAUCAGCUACACGCUGUAACGAACCGCACUUCUCUGCGCUCACUGUUAUUGCUCCAUAUCUUAAGAUAUAUUGCUGCGUUGCAUAACCGCUCUCCUCUAUCCUGGUCUGUGUUUUGCUUCAUGCAUGCACGUGUGGGUGUCAGCUAUGAACACUGCUCCCCCUAAAGCCCCAGGGGUCCACGUCUGCAAAAUGAUCACUUUCCCAGCUCCCACGCACUUUAAAGCUGACACAAAGUUGAGCACUGAAAGAUGUAGAUAAAGCAUAUUUUACUUCAUUUUAUAUUUAUGCUUCUAACACAUUCAGGACACAGUUGAGGAGAAACACUUGACAAAAUGCCAAAAUAGUUUAAUAUUUAACCUGCUUUAUCCUGCUGACUCUUCCUGCUUCCUCUGCAAACUGCUUUGAAACUCUCCUCCACCCAAGCUCCUUCUAUUUAUGCUGAGACUGAUUUAGCAGCAUUUUCAUGAUCGCCACUGAUGUCUGCUCCGGUCUUUGCUGCUGCUCUGCCUUGGCUUUUUAUGCAUGCACAUGAAUCAGAGGUGAGGUGUGCUCUCCCCUCCUCGGACCAUGUACAGUGUAAUACAUUUCUAUAUCCUUAACCUGUGCAGUACAUGUCCAUAUACAUAUAAAGAAUGUGUAUAUACAUGUACAUAUUCUUAAUAUUUAUCAUCCUAUUCUUGUUGUCAUUGCACUGUUGCACUGCACUGAAGAAUUUUAUUUUGUAUAUAUUUUGUACAUUUCUGUAUUUUGUUUGUAUUUUUUUAUAUCUCUAAAUUCUGUUUCUGUUUUUUCUAUUGCACUAGAAAUGAGGAGCUCUUGAAUCUUGUUGUACUUCAGUUUGAUGACAAUAAGGGGCAUUCUGAUUCUGAUUGACAAGUGGAAGUGCACGUAGCUCUACCCACUGGAUCUUUGCUGAUGCUCUCCCUGCCUUUGCUUUUCAUGUAAGCACAACAAAUGGAGAUGAGUUGUGCAAGAGCAGGGAGUCCCCAGAAUUCAGCCACAAUCCAAAAUAUAAAUGAGUGCAUGAAAAUGGGUAAAUUCAGGGCUCAUUGAUGCUUUGCACAAAUUUAACAUUUGGUCAUGUGCAAAAAUAUAGACUGUAGGAGCCAUAAUGUUGCUUAGCUGAUUGGUUAUCCUGUGUUCAAUUACUUUUGUCUGGUUGCCAUUGGUUUUGUUGGGUUUGGGUCACGUGGGCACUGUGUUUGAAAGCCGGUAGGUUAUACAGGGAGCUGUCUCACCCGUACUGGGGUGGAAAGGUGAGCCUAGGUAGCCGUAAUUUUUGUUCACUGCGCUUUAUGUUCUUUGUUUGCAAUGAUACACAUCGGAAAGUGUACACAUUUAACAACUGUAAAUCACUGGCUACUGUAAAAGCCUUUUUUCUAUUAUUAAGAAAGCUAUUAUUGGGAAAGCUGCAAUAUGGACAAAAUGAAUGAAGAGUAUGGAUGGAUGUCUAACUUAGCAUAAAUGCAGUCUGAUUUUUUGACUUAAAAGAGCAAAAGGUUUAAUCGUUUCCUGAUUCUCUUCAGCUGUCCUGUCAAGCAGAGGUGUAAAAGUCGAUCUAAAGCUGAAGUAAAGUGUUAUAUUUCUACUUUAACAAACCCUCCUCUCAGCUGUUCGUCACAUGUCUGCGUGGCGUGUGCAUGCAGCGUGCAUACUAGAGGGAGUGGAUCACUCCGUCCCUGUCUGUCCGGUGGAGGCCAGAGGCCAGCACGGCUCUAGGACGUGGGCAGGAAGUCUCCGGACCUCCCCAGGAUGUAGCUGUCAGCUGAUCCCCCCUCAGGGAAGGGAAGGAGGAGAGGAGGAGAUGGGCGGUAGAGGAAAAGGAAUUGGCAGGUGUGGAUGGAACAGGACAGGGGGGUAGAGGGUAGGUGGGGGUUGGGAGCCGUUUGCUGGCUGGUGGUGACAUUGAGUAGAUCUGUUAUAAAGAUAAAAGGGUCGGGGACAUUACCCCUCCCCUCUCUCUCUCCCUGUGUCUCUCCUUCACUACCGCUCCAUCCUGCAUGAGUUGAUUAGCAGCUGUGGAUUCUGUGUGUGAUGCUUUUAAAGGGAGAGAUGCCGAACCUGCACACCAGUGUCCUUCAUGAGUCUUUCUCCUACUGAUGCAUGCUCUGCACUCCCAAAGAUCACCUAUCAUUGUGCAGAGUGGUUUCAUGAGUGAAUGCAAAAGGUGCCAAACCUUACCUGGACUUUUUUCCCCGCCAGACGCCAGAAAAUGUGUGUGAAGUCAAUGUUUAAGCGAGGUUCCUCUGUGGUAAACUUUGUGCAUUAGUUGUCUGUGUUAGAAAAUGUCUUUUCAUUCUGCAUGCACCACCCUGCUGCUCCUUUUGGCCUUACUAAAUGAAGUAUGUCGAGUUGAGAAAAUCUCUCCAUAUGAGCUGCAUGUGUGAGCGGCAAUUCCCUGGAAAUCUCAGGUUCUGAAACCAUCAGGAAAAAGUCAGGAGUUCAUGUGUGAAAGGAGCUUGAAGGAUGGAUACCCUUUUCUAUUUUUAUCCCCAGCUCGGCGUAUAGGUUCCACAUGUUAACUCCAUCACUUCCUGAUGUGUGAGGCUUGCAUGUGAUACAGCUGGAUGACCUUUAACCCCCAACCCUCCUCUCGCUUUCUGUCAUCCAGAACGAUCCCCCUUCUCUCUCUCCGUCUCACACAAACACUCAAGUUAUUUGACAUCUGCCUGAGCAGAGUGUCCCUGAGAGUCCAGAUCUGUUUGAAGCAGAGCAACAAUCGCUGAGGCUGACGGCCGAGCCGUGUGAAGGAGAGAAGUGAGUUUUCUUGACUCUCAGAGUGACGCAGUGUCGACCGGAGAUGGCUAACCUAGUUUCUUUAUCUGACAAGUGGAGCACAGAUCUCAGCGGACAAACAUCUGGAGGGUUCUUCUCUUAGUCUCUGAUUUCAGGCUUUCUCUAAGAGUCCAUGAUUUUGAUGUUUCAGUCUGAAGAUGUCCAGAUGUCACAUCUUCACCUUUCUUUGAUGGGUCAUGGAAAGUUCACUGACUCUUGUAUUGGUCUUGGUUCUACUUUGAUCAUUUGGGCUGAAAAUAAUGACGCCACUUCCCCUCUUUUCAUCUUUGAAUAACUAACUUAACUAAACUUGUCAGAAAAAUAUAAACUUGGACUUAAUCCGUCAUCAUAAAAAAUGGAGAAUGACAGAUUAAUCAGUAAAAGGAAUUUUGAUAUACUCAGCACAGGCCAAUGGCUGGGCUUGAUUAAGAAAAUCAACAAAUAUCAUCUGCAGGCAGUCUGUCAGUGUGACUGGUAUCGAGCAAUGUUAACAUCCUGCUGAAUAAUAACUUCCCCCAUCCUCAGUAACAGCAUCUUAAACCUGAAACAGUCACUGACGAGUAGCGGUGGGAGAAAAAAAUCGAUACAGCAUCGUAUCGCAAUAUUUUGUCUGGUGAUAUAUCGAAUUUUCAUUUACCAAGUAUUGAUUUUUUCAAAUGAAUUGCUAAUAUGAAGUCAAAUCUAUAAUAAUGGAAAAAUAAAAUCAAUUGUUUGUUCAGUGAGGUUGGCAGAGGUGACAACAUAGAGCAGGAGAAAGUGAGUAUAAAAAAAUAUAUAUAUAAGGUUUGCAAGAUGUGCUACAUGGAAAUAAAAUACUGUGUAAAUAAGACAAACAUAAAAGAAAAACAAAUGCUAAAUUAGCUAACAGUCGAAAAAAUGUAUGAAUCACAAUAUAUUGUAUCGCAAUACUCACUGGAUUGCAAAAUGUUAAAAAUAAUAUCGUACCGUGGCGAAAGUAUCUUGAGAAUAUCGUAUCAUGGGGCCACUAGUGAUUCCAACCCCUACUGACUUGUGCUAAUUAUAAAUUCUGUUAUCAUGUACAGAAUAAUAUAGUAAAAUUUUGCCCCUGACAUAAAUAUCAGUCAUGUUCUGAAAUCUACAUAACCCAGUGUAUAACUCUUUUUCAUGGAUUAAUUGAAAAACAAACUAAAACUGUAUAGAAUAAUAAUAGUUUUAUUGUUAGAUUUUGUCAAAUUCAAAAGAACAUGAGCAUGAAAAAACAGAUCUGCUUCAUAUCAGCUCGCUUUGAUUGAAUUGCAACCAGAGCAAAGAACCACUACACCCUCUACUGUAAACCAGCAACCAGAAAACAAGCACCAUGAGUCAUGAAGCAAUAUCUAAUUUAUUUAAAAAACAGUCAUUGUCAGUCCUGGUCGGAACUGACAAUGACUGUCAGUACCUGUUUUGUUUUUCAGUGCAGGAUAGAGCCGGUUUCUCUCUCUCUCUCUCUUUCUCUUUCUUUCUUUCUGUCGGUCCUGCAUGUUCAGUGUUUAGGAAACAGAGAGAACAGGAAAGGCAGAGCGGGCAGUGAAGAAUAGAGGGAUAUCCCCUUUCAGAGCUCCCUCCUUUUUCCUCCAGGACAGAAGGGGUGAAAACCUCGGAAAGGGUGGGGGGGGUCUGUAAAUCUCGCCACCUGUCCAUAACACACACACACACACACACAGACUCGGGCUCAUGCACCAGCUUUCAUAACCAUUUAUGAGCAAAAAACAGCCGUCUGUGCAAAAAUCUGAGGCCUGUCUGCUGCAGACGUCCUCUUUUUUAACCCCUCGUCUGUGUCCUUGAAUGGGUGCAGAGACCCUCAGAUUAGCCCUAUGUGGCCCAGAUUACAGCGGGAUCAGUGCUGCCACAUAUUACAGCAGCCUAUGAGCCAUCAGUGAGGCAGUCUGGGCUUUAGGAGCUAAAAUCCACAUUUUUAAUUACACUUCAGCAGAGAGGAAAAGUACAGUAACCCGUUCACACAAGCUGUUGUUUACACUCCUUUGGGAAUCACGCUAUCUUCAAGUGUCAAAGGGUAAACGCGUGUUUGGUUAGGGAGGAGGGGGUUUAGGGUUUUUAAUUUCCACUCUCUGUGUCACAUUUGCUUUCCCCCAAACAAACGUGAAGGUCUCUGCCUCUACAACCAGCUCUCCUCCCCCUGGUGGCUGCAGCUGGAAACACACCUCCUGCUAAAAGCGCGUGUCAGGAGAGAAUUAGACCUUUCACAAACUUCUCUGACAUACCUCCUCUAAAAAUGACAUCUCUCCAGGCAGAGGGGGUUAUAUCUGAUUUGCAGUGUCAACCUCGUGUAUGAAAGGUGACAAUUUGUUUUUCUCCUCUCUUAAGGUGCUACCAGGGAUGUCGGCUCAGCUCUGACGAGGAUGUGCAUGCGCCACCGCAGCAUUGAGACAAAAUUACGCCACUUCACCAAGUACGUGUCACCUGUGCUUUCAUUUCUCACCCCCUACACCAUAAUUUUCUCUCCUCUUCCACCUCGAGGAGCUGUGUUCUCAUGUCCUGCCCCCUCUCAGCUGACUUCCUCUCAUCGUGCAAUUUUCAGAGUGUUUUUGCAAUGUGGAAAUAAAGUCCUUCCUCCUACCUCUCUGUCUCUGACCAUCAAUUUGGUCAUGUUUGUCUCCUUGUUGCUGCAGUGCUCUUAUGGAGGGUCUGGUAACGCCGCUGCAGGAGCGGAUAGAGGAGUGGAAGAAGACGGCCAACCAACUGGACAAAGAUCAUGCCAAAGGUGUGCAAUUAUGACACGAAACAAUCAAAUGAUCCUCAAGAAAUCCUCAAUAUUGUACACAAAUUGAGAUAUGUUUUGGUUUUGCUCACCGCAGAAUAUAAACGGUCCCGCCAGGAAAUCAAAAGGAAAUCUUUGGACACAAUAAAACUGCAGAAAAAAGCCAGAAAAGGUAAGAAAUCCUGACCUUUUAACCUUUAAAACCUCUGAUUAAAUGCUCCCUAACUUUCCUGAGAUUUCCGGGCUGACAGUCUACCUCCUUGCUGUGUGCAUGGUUCAGAUUAUGGCGCCAUCUAGAGUAAAGAUACAGAAAUGACUGCUUAAAUCAAAAUUCCUGGCACAGUUUCAGAGGCUUCAUCCCAGUUUCUGUCCAAUAAAUCACAGGAAUGAUCUUCCUCUCUGGCCUGUCUUGUAGUCUUCUCUGUUGCUGGUUGUAAUCAAACUCGUAUUUUCUUGAAGGACUUGUUAUAAACUGUUGGAGGUGCGGGUUGUUAUUAACAUGCACCGUGCUCUGAUUUAAUGCAGCUAACUUUCUCUCUCCUCCCUCUGCCUGCUCCAAUCCCCCUCCUCUGUUUAUUACUGCCUGUCCUCCCCCUGGCUGUAGAGCUUCUAGGUAUGUUUGCCGUACUCUGGUCUGUCUGAGAACUUCAUGAGAUAGUUUUUUUUUUUUUUAGAAGCAUCAAAAUCAUCUCAAACCAAUCUGCCAGACAAAGAAAACCCUGAAAGUCUCAACAUGUUUGGUUAAAGGAAAAAUCUCCACUCGAUCAGCUGCAGAGAGCAUGAUGUCCUGAGUCUUUGUGCUGAGAGAUAAGGCUCAUAAUACACUUAAAGAGAUAUUCCGUCAUAAAAUAAAAUUAGGGUCAAACACACCAUAACACCGAGUUAGACACCCCCUCGAGAGAUGAAUGUUGCCGACCGCUUGCUUCUCUACUUAUACCAACUUUAGUAACGACCACACGGUAGCAAUACACAGCGGUCUGAGGAGCCGUAAACAAACCUCAACCAAAAAGCCACUUUAUAGCCACAAAUAAUGCUCAGAACAGCACCUAACUUCAUCAACAGUACAUAUAGGGUCACAGCCAUAGUACUAGCCACCAAACAUCUUUUUAGCUUUGCCAGAUUUCUUUAGCAAAGAGACUAAACACAACUCACCUACUCUCUUCCAGCAGCCGCUUGUUUGUACGGAGACCUCGGGCCAGUCCAUUAUGGACUGCAGCGGGGUGACGCAGCUCAAGGAAGAACAUUUAUGAUCAUUUUUCUUUAUUAUUUCCUUUAAGUAACAAACAUCAUAUUAAUAAUUUUGCACUGCAGACGCGGUAGUUCUUCUGCCUUAGGGUCUCGGUCUGAUUGCAGUUCCAUGAAGAUUGACCCCAAAUUAAUUUUACGCCGAAAUAUCCCUUUAAAGAGAUACUUUUUACUAGAAUUACAACAAAAACACUUGGCUGGUUUGGUGUCUUUGCAGUAAGAGCUCUGUUCGACUGAUGAUUUUCAUAAUUCACUUAUUCCACACUCGUUCCUGCAAGUGAUGAAGGGAGCUGCAGCAGUUUAACCAGAAAUGUUGAGACAGUCUGCCGGUUUUCAACACUGAGCUAGCAGAAUAAAUCUGUGCUUAUCAUCCAUUUAGAGAGACAGAUCAUCUCCAUCUUGUUCAUCUUCAUGCUCUUUUCUCGGCCAGCUUCAUUAUGGUGUGCAGCUGUGAUUGACUCAAAGACAUCUUGUUUGUUUUUGUGCGUCUAAUCAUUCCCAUUCCAGGGCCCACCCGUCUCCACCAGUUGUUCUGCAUCAACUCCAGAUGAAUUCAAAGUUUCUCUGUCUCCUCAUUCCCACGUUCAUGAACUGGUGUAGACUCUGAGUGCAAUGACCUUCAGUUUAUCACCAUGUGUCCUAAUCAUUCUUUAUUUUCAUUCUUUCCAUCCUCCCUUGUCUCUGUGAACUUUUCCUCUGCAAUGAUCACCCACUCUGCACCCACAAUCCCCCCCGCAUCUCCUCACCUUGAUUCCCUCAGGCCGAGGUAACCUGCGCCCCCAGCUGGACAGUGCCAUGCAGGACGUGACUGACUUGUACCUUCUAAUGGAGGAGACGGAGAAGCAAGCAGUGCGCAGAGCUCUCCUGGAAGAGAGGGGGCGCUACUGCACAUUUAUUAACAUGCUGCAGCCUGUGGUGGUAAGAGACGUCAAACUUCUGCGCUCCCGAGAAAAUGAUGCCUAUACCUGUUGAUGUAGAGGCUGUUAGAGUUUAUUUUUAUUUAUUUCUUCCAGAACAUAGAGAUCGCUAUGCUCGGAGAGAUAACUCACCUACAGGCGAUUGUUGAUGACCUCACUGUGCUGACUGAAGACCCACACAAGCUGCCGCCCGCCAGUGAGCAGGUAACAUAUGACUGAUUUUACUUGAACCACUCAUCUUUAAGCAGUAAUAUCUCUGAUAUAAAUAAUAAGGAUCAAUUUUCAAAUUUCAACUUUAUUUAUAUGCCACUUUUCAGACAAGAAUGCAGUUCAAAGUGCCUCACAGAGGCUAAAAACAACAAUAAAACCAGACCCUCCCACCAACACACACACAAAGGCCCACACCCACCCACACAUCCACACAUACACACACACACACACACAAACGCACAGACACACAAACGCACACAGAGCAAGCAUUAAGAUAUAUUGUUAAAGAGACAUGGCUUGACACCGAGACACUGCGUGAGGAAAAAGCUACCUUUGGGAAACACUGGAGAUAAAGACUAAAACCUGAUGAACUAAAACAAGAAGAUAAUAUAAAAUGAACAAAUUAGUAAGAGCUCUUUAAGAUGUAAAAGGGGUAAAAGAAGUAAAAACCUCUUUGGAAGGAAUUAAGAAAAAGACUAAGAACAGAGAGAACUAAUAAAAUUACAUAAAAUAAACAUGAAGAACUUUUAUUAAAAUGAAAAUUUGCAAUAAGAGAAAUAAGAAAAAAAAUACUGUUCAGCAAAAAGUCAGUGAUUUUCUUUGUUUUGUUUUGUUUUUUUGCUAAAUUGAGGUUAGGGUCUGCAAUGGAGGGGGGAAUGCAAAUGUCUUUGUCAUCAUUGCUUGAGAAUAAACUUAAAUUAGCGAAUGGCAAUUUUUAUGUAGAAGUUAUUCCUUCGAGUUCAUCAUAAUUAAUGCCUGUUUUUUUUACUAAUAAAUGUUAUCCUUUUCUGUUCUUCCUUCUGUAUGAUCAGUGUUGGUUUUGUGUUUCUGCAGGUGAUCCGGGACCUGAAGGGCUCUGACUUCAGCUGGUCCUACCAGACUCCCCCAUCCUCCCCCAGCAGCGCCGGCUCCAGGAAGAGCAGCAUGUGCAGGUAUCUUCAAACGACAGGAUUAGUAAACCUAGAGCGGCCCAAACUUGCACCGAACAUACGGCACUGAAGGUUUGGUGCAGAUGUGCACUGAAACAGUGAGGUGCAGAAGCAUUCGUAUCAGUAGAGUGACUUUCUCCACAUAUCACCUCAUAAUAAUCUGAGUUUAAAUCCUUUUUAUUUUACCUUUAAUCAGCUAAAUUCUCUAAUUUCAAACUGUGGUCACCUGUGAUCAUAGGUGUGUGUGUGUGUGUGUGUGUGUGUGUGUGUGUGUGUGUGUGUGUGUGUGUGUGUGUGUGUGUGUCCACUAUAGUGAAGAGCAGGAAAGGCAGAGUGAGCGGGGAGUGCACUCAUUCAUUAGGCUUUGUUUGCAUCAUUUGCCUUGAAGACAGUAAAUAUUUAGCUUCUUGCCGGUUCAUAGAAAACAAAUUUAAAAUAGUUGCUCCAUUAUAAAGCUUUGACCCUCAUAAACCAGGAGGAGUAGCUGUCGACCACUGUAGUAAACAGGAGUAUGGCGUCCCUAUAGAUGCAUUUCCUGCAAAGCUUCAACAUGCAGACAGCAGAAGCUACACAGCUGUUCAAGUCUGAAUUCAUCAGGCUUUGUUUGAAUAAUUGGUAACAGCUGCUGUUGCUGAAAGCGCAUGAUUAUAGCAGUCAAUUAUGACAUAACUCAAAAAUUGACAAUUACGUGACACGUUUUGUACUGUAUGGGUGUAGAAACUGGCUUCAACCAUAAAAAAAAAAGUUUGAAAACACCCAGAAAACAGGAAAGACUUUGCAGAGUUUUGUGGCACAGAGUUUCACCUGUUAUGUAGCAAACAGACUCCCGAAAUGUACCCACUAACAGCCUGCCUGCCUUCAUCUGGUGCUUGGUAGUCUGGGACUCUGCACUUUUGCAUUGUCAUAUUGUUACUGUUUUGUGGCAUCUCAUUUAAAGAGAAACCCGAGCAAGCCUGCUGCCUGGACUGCUGAUGCAUCACUUAAAAACAUGAACACUCUCUUAAAGUUCCUGAUAACAGAAAAAAAAAAUCAUGCCCAGGCCCAGGUAUUGAGUUUGUUUCUCUUAUUCAGUUUCCACGUUUCGUUGAUGGUUUAUUUUAUUCACAGUUUGAAUUGUCAUGAUGUUCUUUCAUGCAUGCACAAGUGGAUUAUUCACACCAUGGAAAAGGAUUGAAAUAUUACAUCCCGUUAUGAAUGCAUGAUCAGGUGACUCCUGUCCCCCUGCACACACACACAGACACAGUAUCAGGUACUGUCAUUGUGCAGGGCUCGCUGUAUCUUGCCAGCGUCUCGGCUCUAGCUCCUUGCAGAUUUGCAGUUCUCAAGCUCCUUACAGCCAGAUUAGGUCCAAAGCUGCGAAACAUCACAACCUGACAGCCGUGAGCCUGCACGAGAACUCAAAUCCCCAAAUUCAUAGUUUAAUAACCAUGAUUCAACUAUUUAUUUAUUUAAAGUCAUGUAUUACAGGUGCAUUCAAGGACACGAAAGAAGCUUUUCUGUUUAAAUGAAUCCUUUUGGCAAUGUGUUGAGGGAAUAUCAAACCCUGUGAUCACAGCUUGUCACCUCGAUUUAGUGUGAAAAGAGCCUGGCUUGUAUUUAGACCAAUUAACACUGUUUUAAUGCCUAUUUUAGUGCUUUAUGUUUAUUUACAGUAUCGUCACAGACUAUCAGUAUGUUCUCAUUUUAGCUCACUAAAACUCUAAAUCAAAGUACCGUUGUGAUUUCGGGAUAGAAACUUACCCGUCGAUGAAGAGCUUCCUCCUCUCCGUUGUCCUUGGUUUAACUUGACCGCUACACAUUUUUCAGUUCACCCACCAGGCCUGAAAAAGUUUUUUAAUAAGCUCAAGUUCACAGGAUUUCUCCCCCUUGCAGAACAGCAUGCAGUGUGAGUCUGUUGUGAGUUGGGGAAAAAAAAAGAAAAUCCAAAGAUUACAGGAUUUUCCUCGUACAACAGUGCUGUACCAAAAUAAUCAGAAAUUGUGAUGGAGAGACAAAGAUUUCAGCAGCAGGAUGGAGAAAAACAAGCACUCUGAGAGUUUCUCACAGGCUCAGAGGAGAGACUCAGAGGACGCAGGAAUAGUGUCUGCUUAUGAAUGAUUUAAGGUUAUUUAAUUUGUCAUAUUUAAUUUGGAAAUCCUCCUUAAGCCUCGCCCUUGAGGAUGGAGAUUAAGGAGGGACGAUAACUUCAGAUAUACUCCAGAGGGAGGGAGCGAGUAGGGGGUGAGGAGCACUUUUUCAGAGCGUGGGUGAAAAAGAGAAGCACAAAUGAAAAGGAGCCCAGAGACAGCUGUUCAGAGGGAAAGAAUAAUCAAAGAAGGGAUGACUUGUUAAUGCUCUUUGAAGCACCAAAUUUAGAAGAAUGGCAUCAUUUACAAUCCUCACACACCAAGCCUUCAUGUGUUCAUCGUCUGUGAUCAAUUUUUCAUUCAGCAUAUCUGUUUUCGACAUGGCCUACACUUAAAUCCCCCCAAAACAAGUUUCAGAACAAAAUACAGAGAAAGAAUCUGGAUCCCAAUCAUGUUUGACAUGCAGACUGUGAAUUGUGCUUGAAUGGAGACAAUAAAAGGAAGGCAAAAACACUGUUAUUAGUUUUCAUGAAUAGCUAUGAGGGUGUUUUCUCUAACUGACAGAGAUGCACAAUGGAGAUAGAAUGCAAAAAAAGGGGGCAAUCUUAACUUGGGAAGAGGCUGUGGAUGGACACAAUAGCAGUAAACACAGAUUGUUGGCAGCUAUUGUGCCCAGCAUUUCACAUGAAAAGCCCUUAUUGUGGGCAGCCAACUGCAAGGAAGCCUUCAGUUUGAUCAUAUUGAAAAUGUGUUUAAAAUCCCUCUGAAUGUCCUUUGAACUGGGGCUGAUUGCAUCAUAAGAGCAUUUCACGGGUAUUACCAUGUCAAACUGAUAUGAAUGAAAGCUGUCCAUCUAAAAAAAUUGUGGAGCAUUUGGCCUACAGUGUAAUGGUUUGAAUAAGAAAAGUUGGCAGUCUAAUGGCCCUCAGUCAGGCGGCUCCUCGCUUUAAAGCAAGUAACGUCUGACUGUAGCAGAGUCAUGUUGCCAUCAUGUUGCAUUUUCCUCCCAUGGUCUGCAGGUGUUACAUGGGAACGUGCAGCCAGUUGAAUAAUAAAAAAAAUAAGAUAAAUUUGGGGGUCAUUUUUCUUUUAUUAGACAGGACGGCUGAGGACAGACUAGAAAUGUGGGGAGCAGGGAGUGGGGCAAAGUGUCAUGACCAGGGGAGGAACUGCUGUGAUGAAGACUUCAACCUCUGUACAUGGGACACUUGGAGGCCAUUGACACCCUAUAUGAGAUUUAGUCUCCCUCACAGAUUCACCAACAUAUGACCACCGUUUCAGGCCUAUAGUUAUAAGAGCAACCAUCAUCUGUUUCAUACUAGCAUGGGUUAUGACAUUUAACCAUUCAGUUAACCAAACAACCCCAUCCUUUGUGAGGGAUUGGUCACCCUUUGUGGACAAACUAGUGUGUCUGACAUCUUUGCUGAUUUUUACUUGAUCAUACUUAAGGACAGAGGUUAGCACAAUUAAUCAAAACUUGAGGAUUGUCAGCAGUGAAUCAGUCUGAAGAUGUUCACUUUGAUGAAAGUUAACCUGUUCAUUCUGCUCCAAAGCGAUGGAAGUUGACAUUAAUGUCAAACUCUGCUCAGUCUGGCACUCUGCCCCCCGCUCCUGCUGCAACAAAGAGGGUCCUCACAAACCAAGUCCAGAAAAAGAUUUAGUCCAAACACAUUUUAUCCAGAAAGAUUCAUGCUUUACUUCAAAUCAACAAAGUCUAUCUCUCCAUUUCAGAGCAGUUUUUUUGAUCGAUCUUCUUUGGAUCCUUCUCUCAGUGUAGAUGAUUCUAGUUGUGGCAAUUCAGGACCUUUUUAGAGAUCCAAGACAUUUGGUGAAACAAGAACUGACUCUUUCAGCUCCCGAGCAGCUCUUUACAGUGUCUUCCACACACAGAAGAUGGCUUUUAGAGCCAGAUAGUUUGUUACCAAUAUAUCACUCAGCUUCCCAGCUCAGCAUGCUGUCUGCACCAACAGUGCUGCUUUUCUGUAAAAACAGCUGUUUCUUGACCUCUAUCCCCUCCUUUCAGUAUCAAACAGUAAAAAUUACUUUGUAGAAAUCACUAGUCCUGUCUCUGAUGGUCUAGUUCGCUGUUGUAGAUUCAGAAAAAGCAUAAAUAUGAAUUUCAUUCUGUUUUGUUAAUGUCAAAAAGCUUUAAGUGAAUAAAUCAUUUCCUAAAAGAAAAAAUGAAAAUCUCAGUUUUGGAUUUUUUUCCUGUUAUUCGUUUCACUCAGGAAUUGUCGACUUUUAAGCCCACAGUGAUAAAUAUCCCGGUGAUUUUCUGUCCUCAGUCUCCUUCAGAUGCCCUCAGCAGGAGCCCAUCGACUCAGCAGCGUCUCCUCCCACGACUCAGGCUUUGUGUCCCAGGACGCCAACACCCACUCCAAGCCUCCAUCGCCCAUGCCCUCUGACAUCACCAGCCAGGUAUCAGCCACGAAAAUACAGUUUAUGUGUACGUGGAGGGAAUAAGGCAACCUAUCACGGAGAAAACCACACAGUAGAUCCAUAAAUCUCUCCGUUAACAACACUACCUCUCCAUCUGGUACCUUCAAUAUUUCCUGAUUUGCAUUUCAGUCAUAAACUUGUUCACAAUAAGCAGACAGAGCUCAGUAUUUUUACUGCAAUAAGCUUUACCAGUUGCGAAUGUUGGAUUUUUUUUUUUUUAUCCCACUGGGCUGAUAAGAGUUAUUCAGACUCUCACGGUCUGAACAUAUUGUAGCGUACAGAACACACUGUGCACACUGACUGAUGCAAUGUUCCUCUCUGAAUAAAAGAUCUUACUAGCUACUUUAUUUUCGAUCUGGGCGAUGGUAUAUAGAUCCCCUCAGAGCUGAAAAUAACCCCCUCCUCCUCCAUAAGCUCAUCAACACUCCUCAACUCUCACCCUCUGCAUCUCACACCUUCUCUCUCUCCAUUUCCUUCCCCAACCCUCUGUUUUAACUUCAUCUCCCCUCUCCCAGAAAUCAACCAGCUCUGCCUCCUCUGAGGCUUCAGAAACCUGCCAGUCUGUCAGCGAGUGCAACUCUCCUACAGCGGUUAGUACUGCAUGCAUCUUAACGAUCUACCUGCUGUAUCAGAAACACACACACACACACGCACACACACACUCUCUCUAUGAGCUGUGCACUGUCCUCAUUGUUAUCUAUAGCCUAAAGAGGCCUGUGGGCUCCACUUGACAGCCUCGGCGCGCUGUGACGUGGACUCUCCAUGAUGUUGAGCACGCUGACUCAGACUUGUCUGUCCGUUUCGCAGUUUGGCUCAUGCUCAUCCUUCGGUACCUUUCGCCCUGCUUUCUCUCACACUGGCACCAUCAGGCCUCUCUCUGUCAUACUUCCUGCGUCCCCCACAUUUAACCACUCCCCCGGAUCCAACACCCCCUCACCCACAUCCAAGGUUCCUAGCUGGAAGGUUUGUUUUUCAUUUGCAAUUUUUCUUUUGCUUUCUCUCUUUUUUCUGAACUCUGUUGCUUCUUUGCUUCUUGUGUUUACUUCCUCGUUAAAGAUCGACCUCACAGUCACUUUUUCCGUGGAGCUCAGUUUGGUAAACUGAGACUGCUUUAUCAUUCAAUAACCUUCAGUUAGCCUAGUGAUUUCUGCUCAUACCUACAUCUGCAUCUAACCAGUCCAUGAGCCAAAUCAGCAGCUUCUGUGUUCAGUCCGCUACAUGACUGUUGGAUGGCAAACACUGGAGAUGCACACUGGGAAGGAGGGUCUCAUUGUUCUGUCUGCUGCAGCAGGACUGGGCCAAAUCGAGUUCCUGUGAGCCGUCUUUGGCGAGCACUUUGCAUCGCAGGAGAGAGUCAAUGGAAAAGAUGAGAGAAUUUGAAGCUCCGCCCAGUCCGCAGGGAUAUUCAGGGAUGCAACCAGAUGAUCCACACCGGGCGCGGAUUGGCCAGGGAACAAUUGCAGCCAAGGUAAAUGUAAAUGUCAGUGUGCACAUUUGCAUGCCUUGGGAAUUGUAGUGCAAUGAAUUGCAUAUGUAAAUGUAUGCUAAUCUUUAUGUAUAUCCUACCUGUGUGUGCCUGUGUGUGUGUGUGUGUGUGUGUGUGUGUGUGUGUGUGUGUGUGUGUGUGUGUGUGUGUGUGUGUGUGUGUGUGUGUACUUUCUCCAGCAUGGUGAGCCACUCUCUCCAGCAGCCAGCACUCUCGCCAUGGUUCUGACCCGAGGUCUAAGUAUGGAGCAGCAGAAGAGCAGCAGAGACUCUCUGCAGUACUCCAGCGGUUACAGCACUCAGACCAACACCCCGUCCUGCUCCGAGGACACCAUCCCCUCACAGGGUAACACACAUACUUAAAAAAGAACACGUAUGAUUCCAGCUCAGGGGUCUCAUUUGUAAACAUUGCGUAUGGACAGAACAAGGCCUGGAAGUGUCUUACGCCACUUUCCACACAAGGCUUUACACAUUUCUGAGACACAGGUGGGGAUUUUAGGUUAUAUUUUGAUACUUUUUGCACAUUUAAUUCAAUUUCAUUAUAACAGACCUGUGUUGUCACAACCACUAAGUAUCUGCAUGUUUUAUUUGAAUAUAUUACUCUUUGCUUUCAGGUACACUUAAAAAAUAAUUGGAAAAGGUCAGCACAUUGAUUGUCCUUUUCUUUCUUUGAAUCUGGAUCUAAAUCAGCUCUUUCCUCACAUUGAAACCUCUUAAAAUCACAGAGGAAGAAGCCGAACCAUAAAUCAAUUUAUCACUGAGAAACAAAACCUAAAAUAGCGUCAACAGAUGGAAAUGCCAGCUGAGCACAGUGUUGAUAAACUUGUAAAUAACCUCUAACACUCUUAACACCUCAUCAGUCUGCAUGAAUGAGGACUCUUAAAAUAAAUGUAUACACGUUACUCAAAUCACAUUAAAUUUAAUUUCUUCUAGUGAAUGUUGGUUGGUGUAAGUGCUCUGUCGUAAUGUGACACUUCAAAUAUCAGCGUGGAUCCUGUUAAUGUAUAAACACUGCUGUGACAGUUGUACAUUAAUGCUGGACGCUGGGCGAUCUGGCAACUGUUGCAAAGCGGUGUCACACGUUGAUUUUUACUUGGCACUGCUUGUUAGCACACAGAAGGAGCCACACACAUAUACACAGACACACACAGUGCUGUUCUGCCCUGGCAGCUCCAACGCUACACGGCACCUUCUCACACCCAUUCUGCCUCUGUUACCUCCUCUGAGGGAGGAUUAGAGGCAGGAUGACUUUGUCUUAUCAUUACGCCUCAGUACUUUACACAGGUGUAUCAAGGGCUUGAGUAUCCUGCCUUGAACUGUCUACAAGCACAAUGUGUCAGAUACUCGAGUUUCUCCCUCUGCCUCUGUUGUUGAUGUGAUUCACUUUGAGUGUUUUCACUCUGCUUUCAAUGUAUUUUUACUCAAAAGUUGCUUUUGCAUUGACCAUCUUUAAACUAAGGUGGGCGUGCAAAGGGCAGAAUAUGAGGCUGAUCCAUGUGUGCAUACUUUUGGGUGGAUUGGGGGAUUCAUACAGGAAGCGAUGCUUUAAAGAGUGCAUGUACAGGGACUAUAAAUCUAAAUUGUUUCUGGUGCACACACUUUGAGUUUGGAUUGCACACAGUGUUUAUAAAAGAGACCCGCUGAACUUCUGAAUCUCUCUGUUGUUGUUGUUGUUGCAUUUAAUUUUGAUAGAAAUCUCUGCACUUCAGACUGUAAUUUAGAAAGCACAGCACUAUCAGCCUCCAGUGCUUGUGUGAUUACUGUAAUUUAUUACGCAAGGAAGCUUAUUAGCUGAAACAUAAACCCUUAAAGGAUAGUUAAAGAACUUUAUGUAGCAGAAAAGGAUACUCACAAGUCACUGUCUCCUUUAGGUUCUGAUUAUGAGUGCUACUCUCUUAACGGGGACGCCGACAGUGAAGGACAGGCCGACUUUGACAAGUCCUCCACAAUCCCCCGGCACAGUAACAUCGCUCAGAGCUACCGCCGCAUGAUCCAAACCAAGAGGCCCGCCAGCACAGCAGGUCUGCCAGCAGGAAAGACCCCUCAGGGAACCCCCAAUGGCUCAGGGGGAAGCAGUCCCGGAACUAUUACCUCAGGGACUGCCACCAUCCGCCGAACGCCGUCCUCCAAAACUGGAGUGAGGCGCACACCAUCUACAUCCGGCCCCAUCCCAAUCCGACCCCCCAUUGUUCCAGUGAAGACCCCUACUGUGCCAGAUUCUCCAGGGUACGCCAGCCCGUCUCAGCAGCGUGCAGGCAGCGAGGAAUUUCUCUACAGCGACGACCCGGCAGCUGGAGAUUACAUGAAGGCCUCUCCUAAGAGGAUGAGCCUCCCCGAUACUUCAUGGGGGUGUGGAGACAGGACUGGUUAUGCCCAGCAGGCCCCCCUCUGUGCCGAGGAGGACCCUCUGCUCGCUGCAAACCGCCACAGCCUGGUAGAGAAGAUAGGGGAGCUGGUAGCUAGCGCCCACGCCCUGGGUGAGGGUCACUUCCCCUUCAGCAACGUUCUGCCUGGGGAGCUGGAUCAGUGUGGCCCCCAGGAGCUGUCCUUUGAGACUCAGGGGGACGUGGAUAUGCUGAAGACGAUACGCCGCGGGGUGAGGCUGCGUAAGACAGUAACUGACGACAGGUCUGCUCCCAGAAUCCUGCGGUAG